UUCCCCUCUGGCGGGAAAAAGUACUGUCACUUCAGUUGCAUCAUAACCUGAAUUUUGUGUUUUUCUGCGACGUGUUGUUCCAGGAUUAGGAAAAAUCCCCAUUUAGAAGAUCUCCCAGCGUAUUUACCGGAGUUUCUCUCGGAAAAUCCCUUAAGGAGUGUCUGAGGAUCAAAAUGGUGGUGCUGCAGCAGUGUGUUUACCCAAAUAUUGGGCAGAAAUUGAGUGAAAUGGUCUUCUGCGAUGAGAAAACCUACGUCAUCGUGGGAGUGAUUGGGAAAUCUUCAGCACCACACUGCAAUAAGAUGGAGAUCUUUAAGAAUCUUUCGGAAUAUCCGAGCCUGGCUGAGAAGAUCCUCCUUGAUGGUGGACAGGAGGGCCGAAUUACAUUCUACGUGGACAACAGCAAUCACAUAAUAUAUCUACACUUCGAGACCACCUACGAUAAUGGAGUUAUGAUGAAGAUGCUGGAGGAAGAGGAGGAUUACGAGCACUUCGUUAAUUUCUCCACGCACAUCCGGACAAGAUUCGGCCGGAUGCUGCUGUUCGCCAGUCAAGUGUGCCACAUAGUUGUGCUGGUGGAGACUCAGAGUGACUUCGACAGGACGUACUUGGGUCUGUUCAGGAGCCUGAAGGUCAUUCGGGAGAAAUACGUGCUGAAGUUUUUACCCAAGUUCUUGAAGAACUCCACUGCUGGGGGCAUUUUGGGCAAGGAAGGUCGAUUGUGCUCACCCAGGUUCAUCUUCUUUUUUGAGCAUUGCCCCGGAGGAUGCGAGGAUGAUUCGGAAAAACUGCGCAGGAUGGAAUUUGAGAUGGAGGACGACAUCUAUAAGAUGCUGAGAAAUGAUUUUAUUAUCAUGAAUAAUAGUGGAAAUUCGCUGUUUUCGAUUCCAAGGAACAAGAGAUUCGUCUUUAUCAAUACUGACAGAGAGAUUCAUUCGGAUCCCACUGUGGAUGCCUUGAAUCUUCUCAUGGAGUGCUUAAACAAGCCUACAGGGAGGAAUUCGGCAGGAAGGGAGGAUGAAUUCGACUCCAUCAGGCCUUUUAGAGGGUUUGCAAAGCCCUUAAGUGCCUAUGGACAAGACACAGAGAAGAAUUCGCCCAGGAACUUCAUGAAUUUGAUUAAAGAGCAUGUUCAGGAGGCGUUGAGAGUGGGAUUUGACGAUAGCAUGGCGAAAUUCAGAGGGAAGAGUCACUUUGCGGCUCCCACGGCAAAAGCGUGGCUGGAAACCUUCAAGUUGCUGCACAAGAUCUUCCUUGAGAACCCAGACAGUCCAUGCUUUGAGGCCAAUGAUACGGAUUACAAGUCGUAUCUGGAGAAUUUUACACGAAUCAUGGACAUUGAUGAGCGAUUCUUCGCCGAGUGUACAGAAGAUGGCUUGGAGUUUGCCACUCUGCACUAUCACGAACUCCUGCCGCAUCACUACAGCCGACCUUUUCACGAGCAGAAGUUGCGCCAGAGCGUGGAGCUGUUCAGGAAGUACGCCAGGGGCCCCAGGAAGGAGGAAUGCGAGGCAAAGUUGCGGGAAGUUUGCGAGGCGACAUGGUUGUCAAAGCAGCAAUGUGAAGCGCCGAGUUUAAGUGGAAAUCCCUGCACUCUGGCCAAGCACACGGUCACAGAUCCCACGCAGCACUCCAGUGGCGUUGUCUAUGUAUCCACCUGCAACUGUGGCAGGACGCAGGGACGACGCGAAGAUCCGUACACGACCAAGCAAGCCAAUUAUGACUUCUAUCAACUCCUGGCUGCGAACUGUUCGGGUUGUCUCAAGGCUGAGAAGUUCAUCUUCCCCAUCUUCGAGCCUUCGGGCGUGGAUUUCCGGGCUGCUGAGGUGGUGCAUGAUGAUUUGGGCGAACUGUACUCACAAGAUUCCAGCAAUGCCGCCACUCAACUCACGCACAGUCACACGGAUCUCAGUUUGAAGACACUGGACGAUAAGAUGUCGCCGGAGAAGAGGAAAUCGCCCGAAGACGUGCAGGAGAUCGUGGUGAAGGUGGGCGAGAGUCCUGAGAAGGUCAUGCGACAACACUCCACCACUGAGUAUCUCCCGGGAAUGAUUCACACACAGAGUUUAUCUGGAUUGCUGCCGCAAUUCCCUAGUUGGUCUCUAGUCUGCAUCGGUCCGAGCUCGAUCUAUAGCCACAUCUCCGGACUGCCCGAACACACACAAUCUGGCUUCCUCUCGGGGGCCAAUUUUCUCAUUCCCUGGGACGUACACGUGCGUCUGGAGCACUCAACCUCCUGGGCGGCGUACUACGAGAAGAACCGUCCGAGAAAGCGCAACAAGCAUCAAUCAGGCGACGUUGGAACUGUCUUCCAGCUGAAGAUCUUCGUGGGCUGCGAAUACGAAUGCCCGCGCGGACAUCGCUUCAUUAUGGCGUCUCCGGAUAAGAUUCUGCGCGGCGGCGGAGGCUCUCUGGCCAAGGACAGCGGCAGGAAAGUGGUGUAUAACGAUAUGCCACUCUACUUCCCCUGUCCGUGCCGAGCGGGGAAAUCCCUCACGGCGCAGCUAAUGCGAGUGCAUGUGGUGACGCCCAAGGCGCCGGUGAAUGUGAACCUGGAGCCACGCGUGAGGAUUGGCGCGCGGGGCAGCGGCACCACCUUCACGGCUGGUCUGUCAGAGCCAGCGAAACUCAGCCAGAGCACUUACUGGAUCCUGCGACUGCCGUACAUCUAUCAAGGCGACGACGGGCCCAUCUGUCCGCCGCCGGAGGUCAGCUCUACUGGCGCCAGCGUCCACGGCUGCCUCCUGGCCGGCAUGUACGGAGUGACGGAAACAGAGGCCGCAGACGGUGACUCGUCAAUCGUUAUCUAAACCUUUAAAACUAUCUUCGCUCUCCAUUGAGCACUUGAGCGAGUGUGGACGCCUUCGCCCAGGCUGUGCAUCUGUGUGCGGAUCCGGCCGGCAAACAAAGCAAAGUCCACGCUGUCCAGACAA